CAAACAAACAAAGCAUUCUCUGAACAACAAUAAAGGACUAUUCAUAUUCAAACCGUCAGUUUAAAACGAACGGCUGCGAGAAAAGCAAUAAGAGUCCUCAGUUAAACAAGUUAUCAAGCAAAAGUUUAAAAAUUGUGAUUUAUUUGAACUAAUUAUUUAUUUAAAUAAAAAAACAUCAAACUACUGGAAUAUUCUUUUUAGAGAAAAGAACGCUUAUUAAGUAUGCCGACUGAGUGUGGGGCAAAUAUAUUGCAAAGAAAUCUUGCAGAUGCCAUUAUAUUGAUGAAGCCACUUGAUGAGAUUCGAAUUUUGUUGGCAUGUGGAGCAAAGGUAAAUGAAAUGGUUACUCAAGGUCUUUUUCCACUUCACUACGCCGUAUGGCAAAAAAAUAUGGAUGCUGUACAUUUGUUAUUGGUACGCGGUGCUGAUGUAAACGCUGUCGAUGACUGUGGAUAUAGUGCAUUACAUUUAUGCAGUGAGCACGGAUAUGUAGAAAUAGCAAAGCUUCUCAUAGAAAAUGGAUCAAAAAUCGAUUUUAGAGAACCAACUGAUGAACUUUAUCCGCGUACUAUGCUGAGCGACGAACCAUUGCGAUUGGCCCUUAAAAAUAGAAACUAUGAUAUGGCACGGCUUUUAUUGGAAAAUGGUGCCGACCCUAAUAAGAGGUACUUUCUGGGUGCCGAAAUUAGUUUGGUAUCUGACAUCGAAUCGCUCGAAUUGCUAUUAAACUAUGGCGCUCAAACUGAGUCACGUUGUCGAUCGGGUAUGACACCUCUCAUGAGAGCUUGUAGAUAUAAUUAUGGCACAGAACAAGUUCUAUUAUUGCUAAAGCAUGGCGCAGAUGUUAACGCAAUCGCCGAUCAUAGAAAUGACUAUAGAACCGUUUUACAUUAUGCUGUAUUAUCCGGAAACCUUUCACUCGUUAAUUUGCUUUUGAAGCGAGGAGCAGAAACAGACCGAUUGCCUCCCAAUGGAGAAUCAGAUAAACCUAGUCCAUUAAUGAUCGCAAUUUUAAGAGGCGACCCUGCCAUUGUGCGAUGUUUGCUUGAAGCAGGUGCAAAUAUAAACAGAAGUAGCUCCAUAAUUGGAUCGCCUCUCCAUGUUGCGUGUGCUGAUAAUAUUCCACACAGAAUAGAAAUCAUGAAGAUGCUUCUUUCCUACGGUUCGGAUCCGAAUGUCCGAAUACCAAGCGAAACGGGCGGAAAUUCAUUAAGACCACCACUGGCCGAAUUACUUGCAAACAGUGAUACAACGACGGUGGAAGAGUUAUUAUUAUUGUUGAAACAUGGUGCUAGAGUUUGUAUGCGAACCCAAUUCAGAGACCCAGAUGGUCUUUUAAACUGUUUGCGAAAUGUUCCAUCCUAUUCUCGAGUAUUUGAAAUCUUAUUAGAAACGGCUGAAAACUUUGACAUAGCAAUGAUAAAACGAAAUUUACAUUUGACGGACAUUCAACGCAAAAAAUUAAUUCAAAAAGCCAAAACUCCAAUCCCAUUAAAACACGCUUUACGAACACACUUUCGAUUGGCUUUUGGUCGCACAAUACCUGAAAAAGUGCCUCUUCUCUUUAUACCUGAAACACUUCGAAGCUAUUUACUUUGUGAACAUAACUGAGUUUAAGUCAAUGUAUGUGUAUGAAAUGUGAUAAGUAAUGAAUUUUUUUCAAACAUA